CGGACACCCUGACGGCCAAUAUCUACCUCAAUUGUUAAGUGCAUUGUUCCGAGUCAGCCAUUAGAUUCCCUCGUUACAUAAUCUUUUCGACGCAUUUUGUUGCUGGAAGGCUCGCCACCUACCCAUUUACACCUUAUCUCCAACUGCUGUCUUUCCGCCACCAUGGGCGCACCUACUGAACCCCCACCGCCAUACGACGAUGCGCAAAAAGUACCUCUCCUAGACAAGUCCUCAGGAUCAAGCACGCCAACAGGCAGGAGACCACCGCCAGGGCCGCCACCGCCAUUAAACCUCCCAGCACUGAACGAGCUGAGGCGGAAGAGAAUAGUGCUCGCAUCCGCCUCGCCACGGCGGAAACAGCUCCUCGCACAGAUCGGCCUCACAAACAUCGACAUCUGUCCCUCGAAGUUCGCCGAAGACCUCUCUCAUGACAUGGGCGCGCUAAACUACGUGCUCGAAACCGCGUCCGCGAAAGCAUCGGACGUGUACCGUCGCGAGAUCGACAACACGGAGCGCGGAGAACCGGCGCUUAUCAUCGCCGCCGACACGAUCAUUGUCAGCCACGAUGGGAGGAUACUGGAGAAGCCGCGCGGCGAGGCGGACCACAUUGCUAUGCUGAAACUGUUGAGGGAUCAGGGAGAGCACAAGGUUAUGACUGCGGUGGCGGUCAUGAAGCCGCUGGAAAGCGCGAUAGAUCCUGGGUACAGGAUGGAGACGCAUGUUGAGGAGACAACGGUCAAGUUUGAUCCUACUGUCACUGAUGGGCUUAUUCUCGCAUACGUACGGACGAGGGAUGGGAAUGAUAAGGCGGGUGGGUAUGGGAUACAAACCGCUGGGUCGAUUCUUAUCGAGAAGAUUGAGGGGAGUUAUGAUAAUGUUGUUGGGUUGCCGUUGAGACAUACGCUCAGGUUGAUUGAGAAGGUGAUGGAGCCGGAGGAGGAGUUGGAUGUGAGCGAUGAGGAGUAGGACACGACACCGCCAAGGCCGUCUUGAUGUGAGACGCGUGAAACAUGAGGGAUGGGCAGGAUGUACUUCAUUUGUCGAAGCGGUGGCAUGAGGUGAGCGCAAAGCUUUGGAUGGUCUUGGAAUAAUAGACUGAUAUAUGAUAGUGUUUUAGACUUUGCGAUUAGAAUAACAUGUACUCUC